AAAGAGCAAGUAUUUAAGCUUAGUAUAGCAUUGCUCCAUUAUGACGAUGCUGUAGAGAGAGAGAGAAUCAGCCAUUAACCAUUCGCGCCGGCCACUUGUGUUGAUCGUACGUAGCACUGGCUUAGAUAGUGGCGUUCAGGUGUAGCCGACACCUUUGCUUCUUUCUCUCCUUUCCCUCUUCUGCCUUCAACUUUCAAGCAACCACUUGAUAUCUUUUUUUUCAUCUUUGCGUGCGCGUUUCUGCGAUAGUCGGGCUCUGCUGCUUGGUUUGUUUAUUGUUCUACUCAAUUGCAGAUUUUAUUUAUUUCCACUUCAAUUUCACCUGCAAUUUGACUUUUCUGACCUCAACGACACUGGAGCAUAAGGAGACAUUGGAAUUUAGCUAUCCAAUAUAUUUGUAGAUCUAAUGGCGGUAGGAGGCAAGGAAGAAGAAAGGGCGGAGGAGGAGGAUGUGGCUGUAGUAUACAAAACCAAGUUAGUGCAGUUUCUGGGGCGAUCCAUUCCCAUUAUUCUUCAAAACGACAACGGGCCUUGCCCUCUAUUAGCAAUAUGCAACGUACUUCUUUUACGAAAUAUAAUAAGUUUGAGCCCAGAAACCACAGAGAUCUCAUUGCAAAGGUUGCUUUCCCUUGUCGCAGAAAGACUACUGGAUGCAAAUAGCAGUAGUGAGAACAAAGAUUCUGGGUAUGUGCAAAACCAGCAGCAGAAUAUUGCAGAUGCAAUUGAUUUACUUCCUCGUCUUGCAACUGGGAUAGAUGUGAACGUGCGCUUCAGACACAUACAUGAUUUCGAGUUUACAAGAGAGUGUGCAAUAUUCGACUUGCUGGAUAUCGGGCUUGUGCAUGGCUGGAUUAUUGAUCCCCAGGACGAAGACACUGCCAGAGUAAUAGGAUCAAGCUCAUACAAUACUCUUCAGGAAAAGCUUGUAGCUUUGAAUGAGAGAAAAACACAUGAGUUGAACACUAGAGUCAUUGAAGAAGAUUCUGUUGAUUUUGCUGCUGCUACUACUGCAGCAUUAGGGGUUCCUUCUCCAUGCCUUUCAAGAGGAAAGUCAUUUGAAGAUUCUCCAGUUUCAACUCCUCGUGGACAAAGGGGAAGAAAGGGUGAUGUUGAGGAGGUUGAAGAACUUAAAAAGGUAUUGAGUAUAUCAAAAUCUGGUUUAGUAGAUGUCACCCCUAGUGAUAUCAAAGAUAUCAGUGAAUCGGCUACUCUGCAUCCUUUUGUGAGAUUCGAUAAACCGGCAUGUGAAAGUUCAUCUGAUCCAUCAGAGCACCACCCUCAAGAUGCAGAGCAAGUAGGUUUUGUGAGUGAAGAAUUGCAAGGGAAUGGUAAAACAACUGUUGAGAGUGAAAGCGAGGUUUCUGCUGUUUAUUCAAAUAUAUUAAAUGAUUCAAUUGAUAAGAUGCUUGAAAAGACUUAUACAGAGCAGUCAUUGAUGGACAGAACUGGAGGAGACAAUGCUAAAUCUGAGGACUUUAAAUCUGGUGAACUAACUAAAGUAAAAGAUCUGGAUCCACAAUUUUUAUUUGUGAAAACCUCAUCCUCUUUCCCUGAAAUGCACAAUAAGUUUAGUAUGGAUGAGAGUUGUAAGGAAGAAGUAAUGGUGAAGAGCCCUUGUCAGGAGAGUAUCAUUGAUUCUGCGUGUGGUAAGCCAACUGAGGGUCUUCAGGAACAAGAAAGUAGUGUUUGCAAUAAUGCUUUAUCUCAAUGGGGACUUCCUCUCUCUGACAAUAAGAGAGAACCAAUUGACAGCUCAGAGGAUGUUAGUUCAAGUUUAGAGGGCAGUGAACCUAUAUAUGAAGGGGAAGAGUGCAUUUUAGCUGAUACUGUGCUUCCAAUGUAUGAAAAUAGGGAGCCUCUUUACGAGGGUGAAGUAGCUUUAGCACAACAGGCUGACAAACAAGCAGUUUUGCAAGGUAAUGGAAUGGCAUCAAAAGAUGUAACAUUGCUUCAAGAAUGGGAGGAGCCUCUGGGUACAGCAGAUAGAGAAGCCCAAACUGCAGGAGCUUUGAUUGACCAUUUUCUGAGGAGUAAUGCAAGCCAAUUGACUGUUUAUGGGCUUUUCUGUCUGCAAGAAGGAUUGAAGGAACGCGAACUCUGUGUUUUCUUUCGCAACAAUCACUUUAGCACAAUGUUUAAGUUGAAUGGAGAUAUCUACCUUUUAGCAACAGAUCAAGGUUAUAUGAAUCAGCCAGAUCUGGUAUGGGAAAAGCUCAAUGAGGUCCAUGGAGAUACUGUGUUCAUGACUGGGAAGUUCAAGGAAUUCAAAGCAGAAGAGCAGGUUAACCCUGGCUGGAAUCAAAAUCAUGCUGCAGCUAGCACAGCAGAUUAUAUUGCCUCUGUGACAAGUACGCAGCAGUUAGAUUCAGCACUUAAUUCGGAUCUUCAACUUGCAAUUGCACUUCAGCAGCAAGAAUUUCAACAACAACAGCAACAGGAGAAACAUAUGCAGCAACAACGGCAACGUGUGACACAUCCUUCUGUGGCAGCUAGUUCCAAGAUGGUAACGGGUCCUGAGGCACCCAGGGCUAGUACCUCUAGCUCUAAGCAGGAAGCUAGAAGUAAGGAUAAGUGUGUUGUAAUGUAAAAUUCUCAAGAACACAGAAGUAAAAGGAGGUCUGUUGUACUGUAAAAUUUCCAGGAAGAUGUAACCGCAAUUCCUGUCAUUUCUAAUGUACAUGAUUUGCUUUUCCUUUUUAUUCAUUUCAGAGUCACUUUAAAUAAACCUUUAGAUUUCAGGCAAAGCUUCACAGCAAUGUUUACAACAGCAAAAGCUCAAACUAAAUCUUAUUAUUGAUUAUUUUUUGACAUGUAAAUAUAACUUAAGCAGGUAAAAAAUAGGACCUUGAGCUUUUGCUGUUUUACUAGAGGCCUCUUAAAUUUUGUUAUGAAAUUUUGAGGCAUGAAGUGUAUGGAAAUUUUAAUCUGUAUAUAAUAAAAUUUAAGGGAUUUAUUUUUGUAUUUUCU